CAUGCUCCCUGUAAUCUUAGUUGACUGGUUGCAGAUCGACGUGACGUACAAUGUUCCUGACCCAGUAGCGAAGCCAGCAUUCCAGCUCUCAGUCAACUUAAAGGAGCCAGAGCGUGACCAGCACCAGCACCAUGCCAGGCCAGUGUCCAGGAACGAGAACCGCUCUGCACGAUCCCAGAGAAAGCGUGCACUGGACCAUGAUGAUGAUCCAGCCUCGCACCAAGAUCACCAGGAGUAUAAGGUCACGGUGGAGGCAUGUGCCAGAUGGUUGCAUUCUGGAUCUUCAAACAUGGCAGUCCUUGAGGUCGCUCUGCUGUCUGGGUUCCGAGCAGAUAUUGAGAGUCUUGAACAGCUGCUCCUGGGUAAACAAAUUGAACUAAAACGAUAUGAAGUGGAUGGAAGGAAAGUUCUGUUUUAUUUUGAUGAGAUCCCGAGCCAGUGUAUGACCUGUGUCAUGUUCGAUGCGUACCGGGAGUAUAUCAUUGGGAAGACCGCUCCAGUCCCAGUCAAGGUGUAUGACUACUAUGAGCCAGCAUUCGAAGCAACCCGUUUUUACAACGUGAGUGAAACCAGUCCUCUGGCUCGUGAGCUGUGUGAUGGGACAACCUGUAAUGAAGUUGAAAGCUCAGCCAAUCAGUGGAUAAGGUUUGUCCAGUCUGCGACCUGUAAGAAUGUGUAUGACUGUCUGGAAGAGGAACACUAUGAGCUGUGCACAUGUUACCGUGACUGUGGUUUCGAUGGAAGCCCUGUUUGUGGCUCUGAUGGGAUUCUUUAUCAGAACCAGUGUCAGAUGGAGGCGGCAGCAUGUCGAAACAAUACCAGAAUUGAACGGGUUACAGUGUCACAGUGCAGCCCCACGGAGAGCGUCCCUCCAGAGACAGAGGCUGUGGUGUCACCGAUGACAUUGGACUUGAGAGAACAGAGACAGCCAGCCACUGUCACCGUACCACAAGCAGAACUUUCCUAUUAUUCCUACGGAAUGAGUUACGAGUAUGAUCCAGAGUUUGAGUUCGAUGUGGACGAAGAGUCGGAAAUGAAUGAAGAUCAGACAGAGCGACCAAGUCAGGGAGAAGAGGGAGAACAGACAAAACCUUCAGUGAAAAGUGAAUGAUUCCCAAUGUCAGGCCCAGGAUGAGGAGCAAUGGGAGAAGGUGGAUAUGUGUUUAUUUGUUACAAAGGAGUGAGCACUGCUGCUGAGGACAACAUGAUAUUAUCUGCACCCAACUAUUAAAUAGACUAGACAUAUUUAUCCUUUAGUAUUGUUUAAACUGAGCAGGCGCAUUAGUGGAAUCUGGUAUUUAUAUUUUGUAAUUAUGUGUUCUAAUCUUCACUCUGUGAUAUUUAUAUUUCUGUUUUAGUUAAAGCCCCUCUUUCUUGUUGUGGCUGUUUCUCCUAGAGCUGGAUCAAAGGUCGACUUCCUAAUGUGUAUUAUUUAAUUUUUUAAUUAUUUACAAUCUCUCUUUCCCAAUGGAGGAUGAUUGUGCUGGAGAGUGGAGCAGUGAACUGCCUGUAGCUUUUGAACAGAUGUCGCAAGAGCAAAGUUCCAGCCUUCCCAUCAGGUCUCUCUCCUCCACCCCCCCCCCCCCCCCCACCACCACACACUUCCCAGUUUGAGAUUAAAAGGCAGCUGGAUGGUGUUUUGCUCCCUUCUUGUCCCCCACUCCCCAGGCCCUCUGUUAAAGGAAUUAAUCCCCUGCUCCAAAGUCUUCUGUUUUGCUGCUGGAAGUUGCAUCUGGGCUCACAAUGGGACUGUGUCUGCUGGGGUGAUGGUCUCCAGGGUUGAUCAGCUGCCUUUGUCUGGGCUGACGUACACGGUGUGCAAUGGAAGGAACAUGAGGUUAGGGUUGUGUGGAGCUGAGGACAUCAUAUUUUCCAAUAAUAAAGGUGACAAUCUUCCCAAAAACACAUUGGCUCUUUGUUUAACUUUGUGUUUAUACCAAUUCACUUUUCACCUGCAUCCAACACAUUGACUUACUGACAGACAACACUAGAGGGGGUCAUAGCAUCAAGAGAAUACCAUUCAGCCCAUCAAAGCUGCUUGACCAUUCAGUUAGAUGGUGCAGUUGAGCUGUAAAUCCUGCACGCUUGCGCUCCCUACAGUUAACCUUUUGUAAUCACCCACACUGCCACCUGGUGGUACUGACAACACCAUCAACACGAACUUCCCAUCCUGCAGCUUCUCUCCUGAGCUGCCGUUUUGGAUAGGGCAGCCCAGUUGAUCCCACUCCCCUCCUCUUUCCCUAUUGC